CUCGUGUCCUCAAGCUUCAAACGUAGUUAGCUGGGUCCUGCCAUUCUAUUGCUUCUUUUCAACUUGAACAGCGGCGUUUCCUCCUUAUAUACGGAGCUUGUUCAAAUUAAGAUACUUCUAUCACUAUGGCCGCCUACAAGCUGGUGUUGAUCCGCCACGGCGAGAGCAACUGGAACCAGGAGAACCGAUUUUGUGGCUGGUUCGACGCCGAUCUGAGCGAGACUGGAGAACGGGAGGCGAGGAGAGGAGGACAGGCCCUGAAAGAUGCUGGCUAUGAGUUUGACGUAUGCUACACCUCAGUUCUGAAGAGGGCCAUCCGCACUCUUUGGCUGUGUCUGGACAGCAUUGACCAGAUGUGGCUUCCUGUCCACCGGACCUGGCGCCUCAAUGAACGCCACUACGGUGGCCUGACGGGGUUAAACAAGUCAGAGACUGCUGCCAAGCAUGGAGAGGCUCAGGUGAAGAUCUGGAGGCGGAGCUUCGAUAUCCCUCCUCCCUCCAUGGACCCAGACCAUGACUUCUACACUAUCAUCAGCAAGGACCGUCGUUAUGGAGACCUGUCGGAAGAGCAGCUUCCAUCCUGUGAGAGCCUGAAGGACACCAUCGCCCGGGCACUGCCCUACUGGAAUGACGAGAUUGUGCCCCAGAUCAAACUGGGCAAGAGGAUUCUCAUCGCUGCCCAUGGCAAUAGCCUCAGGGGCAUUGUCAAGCAUCUCGAGGGUAUGUCUGAGGAAGCCAUCAUGGAGCUGAACCUGCCCACAGGCAUCCCCAUCCUGUAUGAGCUGGACAAGAACCUGAAGCCUGUCAAGCCCAUGCAGUUCCUGGGGGAUGAGGAAACUGUCAGGAAGGCUAUGGAGGCCGUGGCAGCCCAGGGCAAAGCCAAAAAAUAGAGGGAGCACUUUGUGCAUCGUGGAGUAGGAAGUUGUGCUUAUUUACAGAUCUAGGAUCAGAUUUUAUAUUAGCCUCCCAUCAAUUCCUAACCUUCCGUAGGAAGCAUGUAAAACUGACCUUAGAUCAGUGUUUCUGGGAAGCUUCAUUCUACUCCAUUUGGCACAGAGUAGGGGUAAAGGGAUAUGGGUUGGAGGUUAGUAAUACUACAGAUCUCAAAGGAGCUCUCACACACACACACUGUAUUUGCAGUCCAAGAAACAUAGCUACUAAGAAUGUGUUCGUAUUCAACCCUACUGUGCAUAGAAAAUCUAACAAAUGUGGAUUAUAAAGUAACUAAUAAAUUAGUAUAGAUUAAUAUUGACCAAGCCACUUCUAUGGGGACAACUGACUACACUAUCAAAUCAGUCAUCAUUCCACUGGCUUAUUGUGUCUUUCCCUGUUUAACAAUGGAACAUUGAGAUUACGAAUGUGAUGAAGCCUAAUUUAUUUGAAAAUAUUUUGUCCUGUGUUACCAUACUUCCUAGUCUCGCUAAAAAAUAGUAUAUUUAAUGUUAUAGAAGAAUAUUUGCACUUUAAAAGUAAAGUUAUUUACACUAAACACGUAAGAUUG